AGGCGGCGAGGCGCGGUCACGCCACUCAACACUUCUAGUAUACUCUAGUUAAAGUCCUCCGCAGCUGCAGCGCAUCCACUUCGAGGUGUAAUUAACGUAAUAGAAACGUAGGACAUAAACAUAUCGCCUGUAAGCAUGGAAGACCUAUUUCCUAUCCUUUCUGGUGAUGAUCCGCAGGUAACGGAGCUGGAGAGCUUGUGCCUGCAGUGCCGGAAGAACGGCAUCACACGAUUGCUGCUCACCAAAAUUCCGUUCUACAGGGAAGUUGUGGUGAUGUCUUUCCACUGCGAGCACUGCGGUUGGCAGAACAGCGAGCUACAGCCGGCAGCGAGCGUUCAGCCGACGGGCAUCCGCUUCGAGCUGCUUGUGCGCGUAAAAGAAGACUUGAAUCGCCAGGUUGUGAAAACUAGAGACGCCGUGGUCACACUUCCUGAAAUUGAACUCGAGAUACCCGCAAGGACGCAGGAAGGUUGCAUCACCACCGUGGAAGGAGUGCUGCAGCGAGUAGUUCGAGGACUGGAAAAUACCGACUACCCCGAGAGUCGUGACAAGCUUACGGAAUUCGUGUCCGCGCUUAAAAAGUUGCAGGAGCUGGAAAAGCCGUUCCGUCUCGUCUUAGACGAUCCGUCGGGCAACAGUUUUGUGGAGAACCCCCAAGCCCCAGGCGCAGACCCGUCUAUGAAGGUGCGCCGAUACGAGCGCACAGCCGAGCAGGACCUCUCCCUCGGCAUCCUGUCCGAAUCGAACGACGAUGGUCUGCGCGACGACGUGCUCGGCUUCACCACCAACUGCAGCGAGUGCCAGGCACCGUGCGAAACGCGGAUGAAAGUCACGCAGGUGCCGCACUUCAAAGAGGUAGUGAUCAUGGCGACCUCGUGUGAUCGUUGCGGCCACCGUACCAACGAAGUGAAGAGUGGUGCAGGCAUAGAGCCACAAGGGGUGCAAAUUGAGCUGCGUGUCCUGGAGCCUGCAGACUUGGCACGGGAUUUACUAAAGUCUGAAACAUGCACUGUGCAUGUGCCUGAGCUAGAGCUGGAGGCUGGUGCGGGUGUCCUCUCUGGCCGUUUCACCACUGUCGAGGGUUUACUUGACAGCAUGCGCCAGCAGCUGGCACAGGAGAACCCCUUUUUCCAGGGUGACUCAGCUACCGGGUCAGGCCGGCUGCGCAUGGGUGCUGUGGUGGAAAAGCUGACACAGGCAGCUGCUGGGAAGCUACCAGUCACCUUGGUGUUGGAUGAUCCCUGUGGUAACAGCUAUGUGCAGAAUCUGUGUGCCCCGGAGCCAGACCCAGCCCUGAAGGUCACGCAAUACGAGCGUACUUUCGAGCAGAAUGAGCUGCUUGGGCUGAACGACAUGAGGACUGAGAAUUAUUUGUGACACACAUGAAAAAAAUUGCAUGACCUUCUGCAUGCUGAUUUGUUUCAUCAGAAAAUGAUUAAAUCCUGGAUUGCAUAGCCA